AAAAAUACACUGUCGUAUUUUCAUUUGAAAAAUGAUUUUGUGACAGCAGUACAAUAUGUAUCACUCGUUUCCAGUAAAAAAAUUGACCUUGCUUUAUCCAUAUCCAUUUACUAUAUUGAUUAAAUACCCUCAAACAUAAUUUAUUUUAAUAUUCAAAUUGUUCGUUUCGAAUGUAUCUUUUCUUUCAAAUUCUUUUUGUCAAUUUCAUGAUGUACACAUAUUACUGCUGGUGUAUUCAUCGGUAUCAUGUACGAUAUACCAGUAGUGUUCUUUUGGAAAUCUUUAUAAACACGAAGAAUUAAGUUUUUUUUGAUACAUCUAAGCCAUCCGUACUAACUGGCAAAUGCAAAUUAGUCUGAGUUAUGAGAUAAACUUUUAUUAUUAGAUAAUGCUACAGAAGUUUCGACUAAUAAAAUUGAUUCUGAAACUGAAUGAUUACCAAUAGAUAAUUUGAAUUCAGGCAGAAAAUGCUUUCUGAAAUCGUCCAUAACUGAAACUAAAAGUAAUAAGUGCUAUUGUCAGUUUUUAUAGAUACUAAGAUAUAUUGUCAGCAGUACAGACCAAACGUACAAAAUGAAAAUAUUAGUUUUUUAAUCGUGUAUUAAAUGCCGCAUAAGUUUUGUUUUUUAUUUGUCCUUGACUUAACACACGUUGACUUAUCGACCGUUCAUUCUCAUCUAUUAUGUUGCUUUCGAAAUAUACAUUUCAAAUAUUUUGAAUUUAUAGAACGAAUAAUUGAUCUAUAAUUGCGUCAACUAUUAUGUUGAUCUUUUAUCGUAUUGCUUAUUUGUAAGAAAGCAUGAUAAAAUCCCUCAUGUAUAUAUUUUAUGUUUACAAUAUCAAUUUUCAUUGAAUUAAAUUUAUAUACUCAAAAAUAUAUCGAACAUAUAUGUAAAUGAAGGAAAAUAAAUUCUCUCAAAAAGAAAUCAAUAAAAAUAAAAUCUAAUAAUCAUAUUAAAAAAAUUGUAAGAAAACUAAUAUAUGAUAUUUCAAUAUGAAUAAUUAGUAGUUCUUUGCUCAAUAUAAGUUUUGAAUAAUUACAAUUGAAUCAAAAUUUCUCAUCUAAGGUAUUAAUCUAUGGUCUAAUAAUGUGCGCAUACGUAAUGGUACAGCAAGUUUUAUUGCACGUGGAAACAAACCAAAGAAGUUUAAUUUCAAUUUAGCAACUGCUUUAGUACCAGAUGAUAAAUUACGUAUCGAAUUUUAUAUGAUAAAUGCAAAGAAAAAACGAAAAAAACUUACAGCAAUUUUUGAAAUAGUACUCGAAUCUUUAAUUGAUUCGAAAUAUAUUGAUUUACGUGAUGAAAAUUUAUCUGAUCCAAAUAAUUAUUUAUUACCAUCAACGGUACAACUUAAACUUUAUUAUACACCACCAGAUAUUGAAAAACAACUUGCUGCAUUAGGUUAUGGUGACACAGUGGAAUUAGUCGAUUGGAAAAGUAUUUUUGAUGACGAAGGACGACAUGGUGGUCACCGAUAUAGACAUGUUAUUUCAAAACAUGAUGGCCCAUUGAGAAAACUUGGUAAAAAAUUAACCGGUCGUGAAGAUAAUGCUGACACUGAUUCAUAUAGUGAUUCAGAUUUUGAAGCAGAUCAAAUUUCUGAAAAAUCAGCUGAAACUAUUAAUGCAAAUGAAAAGAUAAAAAAGAAACAUGCGAAUUUAGAAUUAUUAGAAAAAAGUUUGGGACGAUAUGUUGGUGAUAUGUACGAAAUGACCGAAUGGCAAGUUAUGAUACAUGUUAUACAAGGACGAGAUUUGCCAGGACUUAGUAUUAAUCCAUAUGUUGUCGUUCAAAUUGAUGAUCAAAAACGAUAUACAAGUAUACAAAGGUCUUGCAAUUCACCAUAUUUUGGUGAAUUCUUCACAUUUGAUUUUAUACUACCAGCCACAAAGUUUAUGGAAAAAAUUAUACUUAUUAAAGUUCAUGAUGCCGUUAAAAUAAUCAGUACAUUUACAGACACAAAACCGAUAGGAAUUUUUCGAGUGGAUAUAUCAACAGUAUAUAAUGAAAAAGAACAUGCAUUUGAACGAAAAUGGGCUCAAUUAAUUAAUCCAGAAAAUAUUGGAUCGCCUUGUGGCCAUUUACUACUUUCAAUAUCUGUUACUCAACGUGGCGUUCCAACGAAAAAUGUUGUCAGUGAAGGAGUACAUGAUGAUGAUAAAUUUGAGCAGUCAAAAACUUUAGUACCUGCAGCUAUGCCUCGACGUUUAUUUCCAGUACAAUUAAAAAUAAUUUUCUUUACUGCAACUGAAUUACCUGAAAUGAUGACUGAUUUUUUAGCAACUGUUUCAAAAAAAAUUCUUCAAUCAGAUACAUGGGAACCAAUUGAUCCUUACGUUGAAGUUACAUAUGAUACAAUGACAGCUACAACAGAAGCUCGUAAUGGUACAACACCUGUUUGGGGUGAAGCUAUUUAUUUAGUUGGUCGUUUUCCACCACUUGCACGAACAAUUAAAAUAACUAUUAAAGAUCAUGCAGCUAUUCAAAAAGAUCGUAUUAUUUCAUCAUUUCUUAUUGAUCUCUUUCUUAUAAGUGAAAGUAAUCCAUCAGCUGGUUUUUUACCAACAUUAGGUCCAACAUGGAUAUUUUUAUAUGGAAGUCCAAGAGAAUAUACAAUAAGUACAAAUCAAGAUGGUCUUAGUGAAGGAAUGGGUGAAGCUGUUUGUUAUAAAGGACGAUUAUUUAUGGCUAUUGAAUCUCAUCCAAUUAAUGCAGAAAAUACACCAAAUAUGAAUAUACAAAAAGAAACUGGUAUAGAAUUUCCUGAAGCACAUAUAUUUCCAAUGAAACGUACAUUUCUCUUAUUUGGUUGUAUUUAUGAUGUUAGUAUGAUUGAUAAAUCAUUUGGAGAUACAACAAUUAGUUUUGAAUUAAGUAUUGGUCCAAGUGGAUAUUUAAAUCCACAAGAAUUAUCUGCUGCAAUACGUAAUCCUGUUUCAUCAUUAACACGAGCUUAUCCACGUAUAUCAAUUGAUAAUAAUAAAGAUUAUUUUCGUUUACCAAUUGAUUUACAAAAACCAAUAUUAUUUACAAAAUAUAUAUUUCAUGAUUAUAUCUAUCGUAUGACAUUAUCAAAUCGUUUAAAACAUGCAUCUGAAUAUUUGUUUAAAAAAAUUCGUGAUUUUGAAUUGAAAAUUAAUUCUAAAGUGUCAAAUGAAAUUCUCAUGGAAGAUUAUCGAAAAAUGGAACAAUAUAUUGAUACAUUACCAUGUGGAUGUGCUGAACAUAUGAAAGAUAGUGAAACCUUAGGUAGUGUACCUGCAGUUCAUCCAAAUUUAUACGAAUUAUUGAAUUCUACUAUGCCAACUAUUAAAAUGAAUCAAUUAGAUACUAAACGACAUAAAAAACUUCUUCUUAAUCUUGAAUCAAUUAAAUCAUGGAUUUCAAAAGAAGUUGAUUUUGAUGAAUCAAAACGAUAUGAAAUUGUUAAAGAAUUAAAUAAAAUAGCUAUUACAUUUCGACAAAUGGCUACUGAUGUACAGCCAUCUUUACCUGAUAUAUUUCUAUGGAUGAUAUCUGAUUCAAAACGAGUAGCUUAUGCACGUUUUCAACCUGAAGAUCUUCUUUAUAAUAUUUGUCAUGGUGAAAGAGGUUUAUAUAAUGGUCAUGUACAAACUAUUUUUCUUAAAACACCACGUUCAGCAAACCAACCAUUAAAUAAAUCAUCAAAUGCAAAAGUUCAAAUCUAUCUUUGGCUUGGAAUUGAAGAACAUGAACUGAUGAUAUUUAAACAUUUACCUCCUGGUUUUGAUUUGCCAACAUUACCGUUACAACCUCAACUUAAAUUUAUAAGAUAUACCGGACGAAGUUUUUAUGAAUUACGAUGUCAUUGUUAUAAAGCAAGAUCGUUAAUUGCUGCAGAUGAAACAGGUUUGUCUGAUCCUUAUUUAAGCAUUACAGUUGGUAAUGAAACGCAAGCAACACCAGCUCUUCGAGAAUCAUUAUGUCCACAAUGGAAUUUGACAUUAACUUUUCGAAAUUUGGUGCAUAUUGGAACUCGAGAAACAGCUGAAGAAAUUAUUGGAAAUGUUGUUGUCGAAUGUUAUGAUUAUGAUGACGUGACUGAUCAAAUUCAAAUGCUUGAUAGUUAUAAUUCAAAUUAA